AUGGGCUUCAUCUUCAUCCUCAUCCUCUGCGCCAUAGGACUCACCUUCUUGGUUCACGCCGCCAUCCACUUCAUCCUCCGCCGCUACCACCACCACCGCAUGAGCUCAACCAACCUCAAAUCACUACACAACAACGAAGUUUCCAUCACGUCAGCACCACCCACCCUAUUCUUCUCUUCCGAAACCAAGCUCACCGCCGGUGAGGUGGAGUGCGCCAUUUGCCUGGCCGAGUUCAACGCCGGCGAUGGCCUCCGUGUCUUGCCUGCAUGCGGCCAUGGUUUUCACGUUACGUGCAUUGAUGCAUGGCUUUCCACCACGUUAUCUUGUCCCACUUGCCGUGCCAUUGCUCAGCCACCAAACAUUAACAAUGUAUCUGAUGAUCAGUUGCAGAAUUGA